GACAUUAUUCUCUUCAUCAUGCCACAUUUCCGCGAAACUGAAAAUAGUUCUCCCGAUCCAGCUUGCUCUCCAUUACCAGAACCUCUAUCACCUACCUUCCUCCAGGAAAUAGACAAUCAGAGUAGAAUUUCUGAAGAAAAGCUAGCAUCAGCAUGCAUUUCUGGAGAUCUAGAGCUUUUGAAAUCUGUCUUCGAUCAUAGCAUCGCUUUCAGGCUUUGAUCGCGAGCGGCACGAGGAGCACAUCACCAGGCAACUAGAUUUUCGUGUUGCUAUGGCAGCUGAAAACGGCCUUGCCAAAAUUGUCGAAUGUUUGUUGGAGCACGGUGCAAAGCCAAUAAGUGCAGUUCAGAGUGCAACAAGGCACAAAGAUACAGAUGCUGCUAUUCGGGUAUUCGAAGUACUAUUUGAACAUGAUUUGGAUAUCAAAGAUUGUCCGGGAGUGCUGUGGUAUGAAAGCACAAACUCGAGUUACUUAGAUUACCGAAAUGCUGAUUUUAGAUAGUCAGACGAAUCGAGACGAGGCCUUGACUAGAUAUCUUCUCUCAAAGGGAGCGGAUCCAAAUGGUCAUAAUCGGCAUGGUCGUCGUGGCCAGCUUCCAUUCCAGUGGUGUGGAAGUCUUGCGAUCGUUUCAUUGCUCAUCGAUUACGGCGCUGAUCUCAAGCAUUCCAACUUCCUUCACACGACAACUGGUAUUGUAGACGACGAUGCAUGCAUAGCGCAAAUGGAUUUAUUGCUACGCAGGGGGUAGAUAUCAACGAUCGUGCUGAGGUCUUAGACGACACCGAGCCAGGUAUCCCUCAGCAUGGGAAAUCAGUAUUACGAAUGGCUGAGGCCGGUACAGUUCUUCACUGGGCUGUUUGUGGAUGGAAACUGGGUUGUCUGAAUGUAGAUGUUUUCCUACGAGUGCAGUGGUUAUUAGAGAAAGGUGCAGAUACGGAGAUUAGGGACAAUGGUGGGAUCAGGCCUAUCGAUUAUGCAACCUCAAAGUCGGUAAGGGAUAUCUUAGAGAUAUACUCUGUGGAUGAGGGUCAGACCGGCAGUAACGCCGAGGUUUGA